CACUUCCACACUUUGCAAAACCUCUGACUCUUUCUUCUUCCUUUCCCUUUUCACUUUCCGUUACUGCUUCCCUCUUAAUACACAACUGCCGCCGGCGGCCUGCUAAGACUAUUUUCUGCAAGCAGAACCUCAUUUCUUUGCGAUCCCUCAACCAUGUCUUCCGCCGAGAAGAACCAACAGCAAACCUUUCCGGCCAUACCUCCAUCUCUCUCCGCUGGCGAUCAUGAGAUGCGAGACUACUACGCCCCACAAGAUGCGCCACGACCGACUCCGAACCAAACACCAUACCUCACCCCAUAUCUGGGCCUGCAAGCAAGGCUUUCUCAGGUCUGGAUCAACCGAUGGACUAUCCUACUAAUCCUCGUUCUCAUUCGCACCCUCCUCGCGAUCGGAUCUAUCGACGAUGGGCUUGACUCUGCCCGUCGCCAAGCACUCUCUGCAUGCACAAGCGUGGAGACCGUCGGCAGCUCCAUGGCUUCGAUGCCCCAUUACAUGUCGAAAGGAGUCAACAAAAUGACUGCAAGCGGCAUCGAAAAAUCCGUGAAUGCCCUCAUGUCCAUGGUCACGAUGACCGUCACCGGUGUUGAAGAACUUGUCGUGUUCGUCAUCGGCAUGCUGACCAACACCUACCUCUGCCUUAUCACCCUAGUUGUAACUGGCAGCCUGCGUGCCGCUACCGCACUGAUCAAGGAGGUCCAGGAAUUUAUGAACGAGAGCCUAGGAAAAUUAGGUGAUAGCUUGUCCGAUGCUACCCAGGGUUUUGAGGAUCUCCUGAACGGGUUCCUCAGCAAAAUCCAGGGCAUUCCGCUCAUUGGAAAUACCGUAACAGAAAAGCCUGAACUCAAUCUGGACCAGCAAAUCGCCGAUGUGCGGAAUCUCAAACUACCGGGAGAUCUCACCAAUGAACUCGACCGGCUGAACGCCGCGAUUCCCACGUUUGACGAUGUCAAGAACUUCACCGAAACUGCGAUUCGAUUCCCGUUCGAACAGCUCAAAAAAGUCAUCAAGGACAACAUGGGUACCUACGCCUUCGAUGGUUCCUUGUUGCCGGUCGCAGCCAAAGAAAAACUGAGCUUCUGUACUGACAACAACGACAUCAACGACUUCUUCGACGGCCUUGUGCGGAUCGAAUCCAUUGCUAAGAAGGUCUUCCUUGGAGUACUCAUCACUGCUGCAAUCCUUGCCUGCGUUCCGAUGGCAUGGCGAGAAAUCCAGAAGUGGAGACAAAUGAAAGAGCGGGCCGAACGACUACAAAAAGAAGCAGUUGACCCCAUGGAUGCUGUGUACAUGGCAUCUCGACCCUACACUUCUCAGUUUGGCCUAUGGCUAGCAAGCAAGACAAGCUCUCGCCGCCAUCAGACCCUAGUCCGCUGGUGUGUUGCCUACCCAACCACGACUCCAGCACUCUUUGUCCUUUCUCUCGGUCUUGCAGGCCUGUUCGCUUGCUUGUGCCAAUACAUCCUCCUCAAAUCUCUCGAGAGACAGGUUCCCGGCCUAACUGCUCAAGUUGGCGCCUUCACAAAUAAAGUGGUCGGCUCGUUGAACAACGCGUCCCUACAAUGGUCUGUUGGCACCAACGCGGCGAUCCGGAACGAGAGCGAUCAUCUCAACCAAGAGCUUUUUGGGUGGGUGAAGACCUCCACGGAUGCAGUCAACGACACUCUGAAUGUCUUUAUCGACAAGACUAUCGGCGCGCUCAACGAUACAUUUGGCGGCACGAUCCUUUUCGACCCGGUCAAGGAAGUAUUCAACUGCCUGAUCGGACUCAAAGUUCAAGGCGUUCAGCAAGGUCUUACCUGGGUCCACGACAAUGCGCACAUCAACUUCCCACAGCUUGCUAACGAUACGUUCUCUCUUGGAGCUCUCGCUUCGGUCUCUGACUCCAAAGACGACGACCAGCUCCUCGCCAAUCCUGGCAGCGGGCACGACGAUAUUUCUGCGGCUGUCUUCCGCGUCACCGACAAACUUGCAUCUGCCAUCCGACAAGAAGCCAUCAUCUCGACUAUGAUACUCCUCGUGUGGGUCCUCAUCGUCCUCAUCGGUACCAUCCGCACCGUCAUCCUCGUCGUCCGCCACGACAAAAUGCGAGGAGAGGGUGGCCAAACUUAUCCAGGAUGGUCCGGCGUCACCGAUGGGACUCGCGCUAAACAACCUGGCGCGGCAUACACGUCCGACGACACCCCCGCUCCACCCACCUACACUCGAGAUCUCAAGGACGUCGGCGUUAACCCCUAUGCUCCAUACACAUUGGAGUCCCGCGAAUUCCCGCGCCACCCGAACGAUAGCCCGUACACCUCCGAUAAUACGUCCGAGACGCGCAACACGCGCGCAAUAUUCGACACCAUCGGCGAGAAAUUUCUACGGGUCCCGGUCGGGCGUGGGACGACGUCGCGGAGCUUGACACGGAAAAGCGUGCAGGGAGAGCGAGAAGGAUGGGUGUGAUGAACGACCACGUUCAGAUUUUGCUUUCAAUAGGAUAGUUCCACAAACAUUAUGCGGUUGAUUUUGAUUUUUUGCCUUUCCCUGCGAUAUAUACCCCACAGAUCUGCGCGUCAUUUCAAGUCGAGCUUGCAUAUGCCUGAUAUCUGGGUUGCUGAGGUUUUCAUUUUGCUGAGAACGGCCGUGGGAUUGACGGCUCCGGCCUCU